AGUAAUUCCGGGAAGCUCGCCUUACAACUCCGCGCCGCCCUCCGAGCCGCCCGCCCUACAACAAAACUCCGCGCGGCGCUCCGGGGAGUCCGGCUGGGAGAAACCUGCGCUCUGCACCGGAGGGGAGACAGACCAGGGCGCGGGCCGGUACAGCAGCCCGGACGGCAGCGGACCCUGCGUGUGCCAGGGGCGCCAGGCGAAGCGGGCCAAGAGGCGGGGUCCAGCACUGAGCCUGGCACAGAGUAGGUGUUUCUUCAGUGUUUGUUGAUUGAAUGGAUGAAUAAGCACUGCAUCCUUGUCCUGGAAGAGCUCCACAACACUUGGAGAAAAAGACCUGGGAACCCCAGGGAAGCAGGAAGCCCGAGGACAGGUUGUGGGAUUCUCAAAGCAGUCUCCCAAAAGAAGCCUUCCCUGAUUUCCUUGCCCUUCAUCCCGGGCCUCCCUCCAUUCUGCUGGUGGUCUUGGAGCUCCAUUCUGGACAAGAAUUUGGCACUCCAAACUCCAAAAUCAUCAGUGCUGGCAGGUCUCAGCCGAGAGGGCACCGUCUGCAAAAAUGUCUGCAGAUCCCUUAUCCAGCAAAGCCCUGAAGAUUAAGCGCGAGAUGAGCGAGAACACACCGCACCUGUCUGACGAGGCGCUGAUGGGGUUGUCUGUGCGUGAGCUGAACCGACACCUGCGUGGGCUCUCGGCCGAGGAGGUGACGCGGCUCAAGCAGCGGCGCCGCACGCUGAAGAACCGAGGUUACGCUGCCAGCUGCCGCGUGAAGCGCGUGUGCCAGAAGGAGGAGCUGCAGAAGCAGAAGUCGGAGCUGGAGCGCGAGGUGGACAAGCUGGCGCGGGAGAACGCCGCCAUGCGCCUGGAGCUCGACGCGCUGCGGGGCAAGUGCGAGGCGCUGCAGGGCUUCGCGCGCUCGGUGGCCGCUGCCCGCGGGCCCGCCGCGCUCGUGGCGCCCGCUAGCGUCAUCACCAUUGUCAAGUCGGCUCCGGGCCCGAGCCCCAGCCCCGCCCCCGCCCCCGCCCCAGGCUCCGCCCCCGCUGCCUGCUCCUAGUGCCCGCCGCGCGCGAACACGCAGUUCGCACGUCCCACCGACCCCAGUUACCCUCCCAAAGUGCCUAAGCGACAUCUCUGUCCCCAGGGGCCAUUUCUCUGCAGCUGCCACCCCCUGUGGCGAACACACGUUCUCUCCCUGAGCAUGUCUUCCUUGUCGCGGAGACCCAUCUUCUCUGUAACUGGGACCUAAUAGGUGGCCCUAGGGAGGGGCAACUUUAGUGAGAUGCGGGAGGGGGUGGGGUGGGGUAGGAAUCUGGGUUCCCUUUGGCUUAAAGUUCAGCCUUAGAUUGGGGGGAUGGGGCAGAAGGGUUUAGAGAAGGGCUGCAGGGAGAAGAGGGCCACCUCUCAUUUUAUAAAGUUUGCUCUUAUUGUGCCAAUAGCCCCUUGCCACCCUCCCAGGAUUCAGGACUAGGUUCGGCCAGUUUGCGUCUCUUGUGUGUCUGAUGCCCCCACCUCUGUUUUGGGCCUAGAGGUACCUGGCCUUGCAAAGCUGGGAGUCACUGGAAAUCACCUAGUGAAGGCGGGUUAACAGACAGGAGAGCAGCCUCCAGCGGAUAUGACAGUGCCUAAGCUUAGUGGCUGAGCUGAAACUAAAAGCCAAGUCUUCCUCCUGCUGCCCCUACAGGGGACAGGGACAGGGAGAGGUGGUGAGGCGGCCUCGCUGGCUGGGGAGACGCUGUGAGUUAGGGGAAGAGAAGUAGAGGGACAGAGAAGGUGAUAACAGAUGGAAGAGAGGGAAGGAGCUGGCCUUGCUCAACCCCUGGGCUCUCCCUGCAGCCAGGGAGCUGGCCAGCCAAAGACAAAGGGGACAAAGGAGGUGACCACCCAUCAUGGCAGGUGGGGAGGUGAGAAGACAGAUCCUGCAGUCCUGCAGUCUGGGGUGGGGGUCCUUAGAAGGGAAGGGCCCCACCUCUCCUCCCAUGAGUGUCCAUUGUGGGCUGGCUGCUGACCACUGCCCCUGAUUGCCAUUCUCCCGGGAAGCCCAGCCCCCACCCCACCCCCCACACUGUAUACAGCUGCCCCUCCCCACUGUUUAUUUAUUGCACAAACUAAGUUAUUCUCCCCAGCCAGAGCCCUAGCACUCACUUCCUGGGAAAAGUGGUGUGGGACCCUGAGCUGGUCUUUAUAUUUUAUAUCUGCAAAUAAAUCACAUUUUAUCUUAUAUUUAGGGAAAGCCGAUGGCAACAAUCAAAAAGUCUGAAAAAAAUUGCCAGGCCCCCGGAAUUUAUUUAUUUUCUGACUUACAGUAAGCGAGUUAUCCGCCUUCUGUAUUUUGUACUUUCUGAAUAAAGUCAAGUUCUCUUUUUCCACA